AUGGAUAAUGAGCAACAGUCAGUAAGUAGUGAUACCGAGUUGGAAAGUGGGACACAAAGUAAUGUUAGUGACGUAGUUCAGGAAGUACAAUGUGAGAAUCUGGGGGCAGAAGGACAAGAAAUGUUGCCAUUGCCACCCAGUGAUUCAGUUGAUAGCGGAAAUACUGUGCCAUCCGCAAGCACUGGACACGGACCAGAGAGUGGUGAGGUGUCAGAAGUGCAAUCAUUAAGAGAUAUGUUCGAGCGCAUGCUCAAUUUCCAAGCUGAAUUUGUACGUGUGCAAGCAGAGCGUGAUAGAGAACGUGAUGCUAAACAAGCAGAACGCGAUAGAGAACGUGAUGCUGAACAAGCAGAGCGUGACCAGAGAUUGGUAGCUGAAUUUGCAUGUAUGCAAGCAGAACGCGAUAGAGAACGUGAUGCUGAACAAGCAGAGCGUGACCAGAGAUUGGUAGCUGAAUUUGCCAAACAAGCAGAGCGCGAUAGAGAACGUGAUGCUAAACAAGCAGAGCGUGACCGACGCCUGCAUGAGAGGGACUUGCAGUUGAUGCAAACUUUAGAAGUUAUGCAAAGUGAGAUUGUUAGUUUGAAACAAAAAUAUGAAACCAUACCCAAAACGGUGCAAGAAUUAAGCGAAAGAGUAGAUAGUGUUCAAGUGGCUAACGCCAAUAUAGUAGAGGAAAUCAGUGUCCUGACUAAUAGGGUCGAACAACUAGAAAUUGACACAACUCAAGUAAUUGAGAACAAAGUGAUCGAACAAGUGCACAAAGUAGAAAAUGAAGUCAUAAAAGAAAUAGAUCAGAAAGUGCACGCCGCAAUUGAGGCCAGAGAUGUGGGCUCAAGUGCGGAUGUGCAAGAUCUAAAAAGGAUAGUGCACAAAGACAUUCCGCUGUGGCAGCGGAGUGUGGACCGUCGUCUUGCCGAGAUGGAGCUUAGCUUGCGGCAUGACGAGGCACGGGCAUAUGAUCAGGAUGCGACCGUAGAAGAUGAUGUAUGUGAAGAAGAGAUGAAAGCACUGGACAAGACCCUUACUUCACUCUUCUCAGAGAAAAGAGCAACCAUACGUGGCUCAAAACGACCUCCUGGGCGUUAUGAACUUAUUUCGCCAUUAAUGGCAUCAGAAGGCAUUGCAACAUGUAUUUCAUUUGCAGACACAGUAACAUUCGGUACAGAGAAGCAUGCCUACAAGAUGACAAUUUCAUACAUGACAAAUGGUGUUGACAAAAGACAAAUUAUUUAA